UUCAGAACGGCACCAAACUUCAACGGAAGUAGAACAAACCAAGCGGAAACAGACCCACACGGCACCGCACUGCGCCGCUUUGCGCCGCUCCGCUCCGCACGAAUAUGGAAAAGUUUUUCAUCAACAAAUACCAUUGAUAAAGGUAGUGGUUCAGGGCAGAGUUUUGUGAAUAGGAAUGACAAAUUAUAAUUACCAGCGACCGCAACUCGUGUGGGCCUAGGCACUCUCUCUGGGGCAGACCAAGAUUCAGUGAAAACAGAUUUGCUGCGUGUGCUGCCCGGCUGCCUGGCUGAAUAGCUCCUUCAAUGGGAUCCCAAUAAUUAUGACUGCGUGAAGAAAUCAAUACACAACAAUGGCCAGCAAGCCCAUGAGCAGCAGCUGCCAGAGCAUUGCAACGGCGGCCAGCAGUGCCGCUACCACAGCAGCCGCCGUCUCCAUCUCCGCCUCGAACGCCACCUCGGUGGGCUCCCUUAUAGCCGCCGCCUGCCAGCAACAGCAGCAGCACCACCACCACGACAACCAGCCGCAGUCGCAGUCCCAGCAGCACCACCAACAGUCACACCAGCCAUCAUCGCACUAUGUCAAUGGCACUGGCAGCCUGGGCCGCCUCAAGUUCCACAAGAGUCUCGAUGCCAGCGAUGAGGAGAUCGAGUAUGCACAGCUAUCGCAGUCCACCCACAUCCUGGGCCGCUACAAGUCGGAGCGCUUUCUGGCCUCGAAGCCGGAUGAGGAUCGACGCCGUCGCACCAUUAUUGUGGAGAAGAAGAACGACACCUACGGCUUCACCCUGCAGAGCUAUGGCAUCCACUACAAGCGGGACGAGGAGCUGGAGAUGAUCACCUACGUGGACUAUGUGGAGUACGGCGGUCCGGCCUACAGAUCUGGUAUGCGAGAAGGCGAUGUGAUACUCUCCAUCAAUGGCAGGGACAUGGAGAAGGCCGAUCACAAGACCAUCGUGGAGUUCAUCAAACAGUGCGACACGAGGAUGCGAAUGGUGGUGCUCUUCGAGGACUGUGUGCGGAAGGUGGAUCUCCACAUGCGUUACAUUCAACUCCAAAGCAUGCUGCAGCACAAGAUGAACGAACUGGAGCGGGUGCAUCUUAGGGAGCGAGAGCUGCUCGAGGGCAAGUGGAAGACGCACAGUCUGCCCGCGCGGAAGAAGGCCAAUGCCAAUACAUCGCCCAGCGAUGGAGAAGGCGUCUCGCCCACUGAAGCGGCGGUCGAAACGGGCUUUUAUCGUCCCGCCCUGUCCACAGAGGAUGUGGGGAAUAUAGCUGCCCGCCAGCAGGCGGCAGGAGGAGGAGCUAUCAUUCCGCCACCGGCACAGUUUAUGCUCACGUAUCACUAUCUGGACCCCACAUAUCGCUAUGUCCUCCGGCCAACGCAUGGCAGCUCCGAGGACUACAUCGAUGGCCUGGGCCUACAGCGCAGCAGCAGCGACCAUCAGCCGACGGCCCAACGCUUCAUGUUGCACCGCACCGAGUCGGUGGACACUAACACGAUCAGUCAACCCACCACCACCGCUCCGACUCAGUACCACAGCACCACCAGCGGAGGUGCCACGGUGAAGCCACCUGCUCCUCCGCCGCGAACCUGUGAAAAGCACAAGCCUCCAGCCAAGCCGCCCAAGGCGGAGAAGGAGAAGCCCGCCUCAGGGAAGCACUACCAUGUGGGGCAUUCGUGCAAUCCAUGUCUCGGGCACUUUCGCUGGAAAUCGACGGAGAAGAGUCCUCUGCCGGCCGGGGACAAUGUCAGCCUCGAUGCCUACGAUCUGGCCAGUCCCUGCUGCGAUACGCAGUGUGUGCCCAGCCGACGCCGCCAUCGCCAGCACAAGGAGCACACUCACAAGCACAAGCAUCGCGAGAGGGAGCGGGAGAGGGUGGAGAGCAAGGAGCAGCGGAUUAGACCCAAGUCCCAAUCGCAUGCCUCGCCCAGUGCCAAUGGAGGGGGACACCACCACCAUCAUCAUCAUCACCAUCACAGCCGAGAGCAACAACAGCAGCAGCAGAUACAAAAACAGCAGCAGCAACAGCAACAGCAGCCAGUGCCCCAUCACCAUCACUAUCAUCAUCCCCCGCAGGGACAGACUACACCGACUCCCUGCCAUGCGAAUUCUCAGUCAGGGAGCACACGUUCCCGCUACUUUGAUCUGGCCUCUGGCCUGGCCAGCCACUGUAGCCUCCACUCCUGCACUUCCAGCGAGUUUGCGCCUGCGGACUCUGCCUCCUACACCACCUCCAUCAGCACGGAUACUCUGUUCUGGGAUCCCAAGAGCGAGACGGGACAGUCGCGACAGCAUUCCACCAAGUCCAGACAAUCCUACGAGCAGCCGCACCACCAACAGCAGCAGCAGCAGCAACCCCAACAGCAUCCACAUCAGCAGACCCACCAGAUGCCCCACCAUCACCAUCAUCACCCGGGCUAUCAUCAGCGCUACCAUGUGACGGCCACACAAGUUCAGCCCUCGCAGAUCUACCCCAACACUAUAUCCUACGUGCAGAAGCCCAAGUCCUGGGACAAUCUGGCCACCAAGGCAGCGGGUGGCUAUGGCUUCGGCUAUGGAUACCUGGACACGGUGGCCGUGAAGCCGCCGGUUAAGCUGCAAAUCGCUCAGCAGCGUCACUCGAUGCCACGUCGCAAUCCGUACGGCCGCUUCUCCACCUACGGGGAUGUGGAGAACUAUGCCCCACCGCCCACGGAGUUUGUAGGCGAGCUGACGACCACCACAACGACCACGAUUACGGCCAAGUCCACGGAGGAGCUGAUGGCCGCCUGUGAUUGUCUAUCGCCGCAGCAACAGGCGGCCCUCAAGGCGGCCCAAUAUCAGCUGAGCCAAAACCAGAAGCUGACCCACCAGAACUCUUGUCAAAUGGGCUAUUACUCGCAUCUGCCACGGCCCACGACAGAUGUGGGCACCUCCACCAGUCAACAGGUGCACAACGGGGCUGGGGAUGUGUCCACGGUGUCGGAAGCAACGCGUCUGUAAGCGACACUAGAAAUACUCUAGGGGAUCUGGCUGAUCCAAGAACCGUCUAAAGAAUGCACAGAAUGCACUAAGAGUAUCUCAACUCUACUAUCCACUCAAUCACUGUACAUCGAAAUCAUUAGAAAUGGUAACCAAGCCAAAUUUUAACACAGAAUCAAUAUUUAACCAAACUAUAAAUGCAUGUAUGCAUGUAUACCUACUAUAGAGUGGGUUUCAUAACUAUGGCAUAGUCUGGCAGCAAAAAUCCCACAUGACAAUACCGAUAAAGAGUAGGAAUCGUAGGAAACAGAAAACAGUAGAUAAUAUCAGAAGCACUUUAAGCCCUUCAAAGUUAAGAGAAUUUACCCCACCCCCCGUUGUCCAGCUGUCUUAUAGUUCUGAAACAGACUAUAUAUGUAUAUAUGUAUGUAUCAUUCAGGUAGGACGGACUAGGACGCAUUGGCGUUUAGAUUCGACGUUUUGGAUUUAUUUAAAGACUGAAGCUAUGCGCAUAUUCCAAAUGAGAGAAAAAU